CAUACCAUUUCAUCAACCCUUCCUAAAUCCUACGGUGAAGUGAAAAAGAAGGAGGAGCCAUAGCGUAGGGGAUUAUGGGAACGACAAAACAGAAGACAUUUCCGCUUCCUUAACUGAUUGACACUGCUUCCGUUGUUUUGGUGUAAAAGAAAUGUGAAAGUUCAGUUAUAGAUGCUAAAUUCUCAGAUAAUCCAUUAAUCUGGUUUAAUAUUGAUAUAACCCAACAAACUGCUCUUUUCUUCUUAUAUUACCUAUACUACAAAGCCACAUAAGCCAUAAUUACUAAAGCAUUGUAGUGGCUGAGACAUUCAAACCGACCAAUCCGGAGACAGUUAAUUGCACUGACUGCCCUAUUCGUCACACUUGUGUUCACUAAUCUUUCCUAUAGUACUCUACUCCAAUUGGCGAGUGCGUCGUUAAGUGAAAUUACAGCUACGAUACUGUUAUUUCCUAUUGGUUUUUUACGUGGUGUUACAUUACUACCAGUAGUUGGGCUUGCUUGCUUUCCGUGUAAUCGAGACUGUGGAUGAUUUUUUUUUGUAGGGGAGGAGGUAUACUGGUGGCACAACGCUUGCGUCAAACAUAUCACACCGGUGAAGGUGGAUUAUUGGAAUUCGGGGAUCCAGGAGAAGGGUUCGGAGGUUUGUCAAAGGAGGGAGUGAUGAUGAAUUCCAAUGUCGAAAACUUUCCUCCUCAUAUCCUUCGUUUGGUUUACAGGGAGCUCACAACUCUCACUUCAGAGCCCCCAGAAGGUAUCAAGCUUUAUCCCAAUGAAGAGGACAUAACUGAUAUACAAGCAACAAUAGAAGGCCCAGAUGGAACACCAUAUGCGGGAGGAAUAUUUAAAAUGAAGCUCAUCCUUGGUAAGGAUUUCCCUGCAGCACCUCCUAAGGGGUAUUUUAUCACUAAGAUUUUCCAUCCUAAUGUGGGCUCCAAUGGAGAAAUUUGUGUCAACGUUCUGAAGAGAGACUGGAAGCCAGAGUUGGGAAUCAGACAUGUUUUAUUAACCAUCAAGUGCUUGAUGAUACAUCCAAACCCAGAGUCUGCACUCAAUGAGGAAGCCGGGAGAUUACUUUUGGAAAACUAUGAAGAGUAUGCUUCCCGUGCCAGACUAAUGACAGAGAUCCAUGCUCUUUCCACUUCCAACCCUAAAGGAAAAGAUAAUUGUGAACCUUGUUCUUCAGCUGCAUCCAUAGCCCCAGGUGAUGGACCUAUGGCAAAAAAGCAUGCAGGAGACAAAGACAAAAAGCUUGCAGCAAAGAAAAAAAUGGACAAAAAAAGAGCUCUCCGUCGACUUUAGUGUUUUACAUGGACAUUUUAGAGUUGGUAUUGUGGACUAAAUUAUGGUUCUUUGGAAGAAGCAAAACUUUUGGUGGGUGGGGAAGUUGACAAGUGUUUUGUUCCUGUUUAUUUUUUCCCUACUUUUGAAUGCUUUUGCUAGCUCUCAGUUUUUCAUCUAAUUUAUUUUAAAUUAUGAAAAAAAGAAAGAAAAAAAAAUAAAAACAUUUUUUUAAA